AUGGUCUACGUUCCCUGGCGCCUCAGCAGUUUGGAGGCUUGCCACGUUUCAGAGGAGGAAUGGGCAGGCCUACGGUCAACAGUUAUAGAGGCCCUCAACAGCAGUACAAUUGGGCUCGAAGGUCCCUCGGUACACGGGAGCGCGUGGGACGAUUGGUUUGAAGAACUUGCCGAGAGAGUCGCGAGGGAGUACUGGCCCAAGACUGAUCGUGUGGCGUUAGUUUUAUUCUUUCUUGCUUUUUCAUUUCCUUGUUCUCGAAACCCUCGUAUCAUACUAUUUCACAUUUCUCUCUUCUCUCUUUCUUUGGCCAAUUGAGGAAUGCUGACAGGAUGUGACUUGUCUUUCUUUUGAUGGGGUGUCUAGUGUCCGCAGGAUCUUUAGACCACAGGUUAUUGAGAUGGCCGGGGUUGAGCGCGGGAAACGGCGCGCGCAAAGGGCUGGUGGGAGCGAGGAUUCAGAUGGUGGGGCAGGAAGUAGCAGCCGCGCGAGACCCAAGAGGGAGGAUGAUGAAGACGAGGAAAUGGGGAAUGCACCGAAUGCAUCGACAAGCACCCCUGUCGCUCCAAGGGCGGCCACUGUGCCCUCGACCCCUCACGAGAAUGCAAACGUCGCACUAUCUUCCUCUUCCGCGCCCAAUCCUCGCACUGAGGAGACGGAGGACACGUCCAACGCGGCAGCCAGUACUCUGACACCAUCGGAAGCACCACGUCGGGGCCCCGGCCGGCCGAAAAAGCCCCCGGCCCACUCGCCAACUGAGCAGUCUGAUACUCCUACUGUUUUGAAGAAACACCCUCCACAGAACCCUCACGAGGAGGUUAACCCCACACCACCGAAGCGCCCACGCACUUCACGUGCUCACCCCCCUCCUCCAUGGAUCGCCCCCCGCCCGCUGGAACCUCCUUCCGCGCCCUCUGCUACGCUAGGCCUGAUCCUGGAAACCCGUAUUCCGCCGUCGGAAAAGAUGAAGAUUAUCUAUGCCUCGGAUACGCCCACUCUUGCGCUCUUUCUCGAGAGGGUCCGCAAGAAAUUCCAUCUUGCAUCUGAGGCUCAGAUACACAGUGUGGAGGUCGAAAUUGCGGGAGGGAAGACUUAUGUUGUCGACCUCGAGGAUGGGAGGGAUUGGUUGGCCGUACAGGAGAUAGCCCGAACGGCUGGAACUAGCGCUGUUGGGGUUGUUGUUGAGGUCCAACCUCAUUAA